AUGCCCACCUUACACCCCACUCCACCUGCAAUCGCCACUAAGGAUUCUGCUGCUAAACGCAAGAUAAAAUACCAUGCAGACAAACGAAGUUAUAGUAAACCAAAUAAAUUCUCUGUUGGAGAUCUAGUUCUACCCAGACAGGAAAAGAAGAACAAAUUUACCACACCAUUCCGAGCUGAACAGUUUCGAAUCACCGAAAUAAACGGGUCCAUGAUUACAGCGACGUCAAAAGAUCAAACCAUCACUCGAAACUCGUCUCAUUUUAAACUUUUGCCCUCAGACAUGGAAUUGUCCGAACCAAGCGCGCCAAAAGAAAGAGAUGAGGGAGGAGAAGAGGAGAGAGAAAAAGAAAAUUCCGAACUGAAUGACCAAGCAGUCAACAUGGACAGUCGUCGAUAUCCUGUUAGAAGUAGUAGAAACACAGAUAUCCUGUUAGAAGUAGUAGAAACACAGAGCCAAAUUACAAACCAUAAACAUGGGAACU